GAGGCGAGCUGCGGGUCAGCUGCCACGGGUCCAGUCUGCUUGCGUUCCCCCUGCGCUCAGGGAGCGAAGCCAAGAUGUUCGGGUCGUCGCGGAGCACCUUUGAGGAAGACCCUUUCUUCUCAGACUCCUUUACUUCACACAAUGAUGAUAUGCGUCAAAUGAUGAAGAGCUUGGCUGAGCCACUUGGAAAACUUCUUGGUGGCAUUGCUGGUGGUGGCAGAGGCCAUCAGAAUGAAGAAGAAUCAGAUGAUGAUAAACAGUCUUGCUCUGCAAGGAGCCGUGCCCUUGCACCUUUUGGUGGCAGUUUUGGUGGUUCUUCCCUUAUGCCUUUUGGUGGUUUUGAUGCAAUGAAUACAGAUGUCAGCCCUUUUCAGGCAAUGGACAGAAUGAUGUCAAAUAUGCGAAACAAUAUGCAGGAUUUACAAAGAAGUUUUAGCGAGAUGUCAGUCGACCCGGAGAGGGGACAUUCCUAUUGUUCUUCCUCCAUUAUGACCUUCUCCAAAGUAGGUAAUGAGCCUCCGAAACUUUUCCAAGCUUCUUCUCAGACUCGAAGAGCUCCGGGAGGGAUUAAGGAAACAAGGAAGGCAUUGAAAGAUUCCGACACUGGAAUAGAGAAAAUGGCGGUAGGCCAUCACAUUUAUGACCGCGGUCAUGUCAUCAGAAGGGAGAGAAAUAGCAGAACUGGUGACCAGGAGCUCAACCAAGAGUUCAUCAACAUGCAAGAGGCCGAUGCCCAUGACUUCAACAACGAAUGGCAAAACCAAAUUUUAAAGCUCUUCCAAUCAGGAAGGAAAAAUCUGGAGAGUGCCAGACUAAGAAAUGGUCAUUCUGACAGUACAGUCAACUAUGAUGAUAUUUCCAGAAGGGAGAGACCUCGUCACAGAACUGCCAUCGAAAGCCAAAGAAGACCAAAGGCUCGUGAGGAAAAUCUCCAUAUAAAGGGAUCAUCUGUCAAAUCCAACAAAAAAUAAAUUUCCGUGCAUUUGAUUUGAGUUUUCAUUUUGUUCGUUUCAGCUGAACAAAGGGGAUGGUGCUGGAGGGUACGAGGCCAGUCUUGUUCCUCAUCACGACUUGUCUUGCUUUCUCACCCCAAAAGGGGCUUUGCAACUUGCUCCUCUGUAGCUACGUAAUAAGUGCCUGGUUUUCAGCCAUUAAAGGAAAUCAUUAAACACUGAAAAGCACUUUUAAGUUUGUUAGCACAAAGGAAUGCCAAUUUUUAAAAACUUUAAAGAUAUUAACAUUCUAAUUUUGCUUUUCUGACUUUACUCUGGCUAUGUUGUUCAUACUUUCAAGCAGCUUUGGCUAAUGUAUCUAGUUUAUGAUCUACAAAUAAAAUUUCUAUGAAAUAAAAGUC